UCUCGUUGUUACAGUGAAUAUAAACCUUGUUCGCCCAUUCAAUUUUCAAUUGGAUACUAACGUUCAAUUGAUUCUUAACAAUAAUUAAGUAAUUCUUCUUGCAAUAAUGGCAACCAAUACUUUGAGUGCAGCAUUUAGAAAAAUCGACGUUGAUCAGUAUAAUGAAGACAACUAUAGGGAAGAUGAAGUAGCUGAUUCACAAUCUCCUCCAGCAGCUCCAGAUGAGAAUGAAAUCACACAGUUAUUGAAUCAGGGAAACUCUUUGGAAGCGUUAAAAGUUGUUCUAAGAAAUGCUCCAUUAACGUCCAAGAACCCACAAGUAAAAGAAAGUGCGUUGAACUUAACAAUGAAAGUUUUGAUGUCCUUCAAGUCUUCUCAAGUUGAUGAAGCUGUGAAUUCCUUGGACGUAGAAAUGAUUGAUACAUUGAUGAAGUACAUUUAUAAAGGUUUUGAAUUUCCCUCUGAGAAAAGAUGUGGCCAGCUUUUACUUUGGCAUGAAAAAGUUUAUUCAGUUGGUGGUGUUGGAAGCAUUGUCAGAGUACUAACGGAUCAUAAGAGAGCAUAAUUAUAUAAUUUUACUUUUGACAAUCUAUUUUUAAUAUAUACAUUCUAUGGUUAUUUUAUUAUUAUUUAAUAAUUUAUCUAAGUCAUAUUUAUGUGCAAUUGAAAUUUUCAAUUUGUUAAUAAAUCUUAGUUAUAA